GUGGAUGCUGAGCAGGAGCACACGUCGUCCGAGCCGCCGCCAGUCCGCAUCCCGCUCGUGAUGAGUCAUGGCGAACGUGAGGGUCCUUGUCAGGGUUAGACCCCUAUCUCUAAAAGAGAAGAAUGACAACGAAACUGUGAUAGUGCAAGUCAACCAAGAAAAUAAAACUGUUUCUGUCAGAAAUAUCAAGGUUCCUGAAAAUGCAGAGUUUGAUAGCAGGAAAAAGAUGCGAUUUUUCGCAUUCCAAGAAUGUUUUGAUUGGGACGCUUCUCAAGAAAAGAUUUUUAGUGCAGUCGGCACGCAGUUCUUGAACUCGAUUUUCAAUGGAUACAACGCGUGCGUCCUGGCCUAUGGGCAGAGCGGCACGGGCAAGACUUUCACAAUGAUGGGCAACCAGGAUUGUCCAGGACUGACACCUCGCAUCUGCCGAGCGCUGUUUCCACGUUUGGACGAAACGUCUUCCAGUCACGAGCAUCCGCUCCGAAUCACAGUCAGCUUUUUAGAGAUACACAAUGAGAGAGUCAGAGACUUAUUUCAGAGCAAACCUUCGGCCCACCUAAGGAUUAGGGAGCACCCGUUGAAAGGAACUUAUGUCGAAGGACUGCGCGAAAUUCCAACAAGCGAUGAGACCGGUUUGAUCAGCCUUCUGAGCGAAGGCAACUCCCGCCGGUGCACGGCCCGGCUGGGCGACCAUUCGCGCUCGAGCAGGAGCCACGCGGUGUUCACUCUCUCGCUCUCAAGGCGCCAGGCUACCAGUAAGGCGCACCUCGUGGACUUAGCCGGCAGCGAGAGGGCCGCCUCUGGGGGCAGCAGGCAGCGCAAGGAAGAGGGAGCGAAUAUCAACAAGUCACUGGUCACUUUAGGAAACGUCAUAUCCGCGUUAGCUGAGAGAUCCCGCAACAUCAAACGCCGCAACCACAUUUACAUUCCGUACAGGGACUCGGUUCUCACCUGGCUGUUGAGGGAUUCGCUCGGCGGAAAUGCAAACACGUUCAUGAUCGCGACUGUUUCUCCAUCAAGUGGGAGUUACAGUGAAACAGUGAAUACACUACGAUACGCGCAGAGAGCAAAGCACAUCAUCAACAAACCAAAGAUGAACGCGAUUAACAACGAUGAAACCAACAAGACAAUCCAUGAGCUACGCGAAGAGGUGGCCAAGCUCAGAGAUGCCUUGGCCAAAAUUCAAAUGAAUGGAACGGUGCAUUCCAAACACAUAAUAUCUCCGUGUGCGGAUCAUUGCGUUGGGCCGACCGCCAAACGAUGGAUCGCUCGUUACCACAGACACAUCUCUAGCCUACAGCACCCUUGCCCUCAAUCAUACUCGACAACAUUGAAAUUCUUCAUGGGCCAGAGCAGCUCAAGCGUUGGCGAGGCAACCGCCGCGCCUCCGCUAGAAGAGGCUGUAGAAGUGAAAGAAGUGCCAUGCACGUUUCUGCCCGUCAUGCUGCUCGAUCACGCGGCCCAAUCGAAUCUUCGGCUUUCGUCGUCUUGCGACCUGAUCUACCGCACUCCGACAAGGAAAAUCAGCCGCAGCCAGCACCGCGACUACUCCUCGCAAGACUCGAUUCAGGCCGACUCGGUGCUCUCCCCUGAAAAUUCGCUUGGCUCCAGCAGCAGCAGUCUUGAGUCCAACCGCAGUUUGGAUAGCAGAAAGGGCACAUUGAUCGGCGCCUCUAAUAUUUACAAAAACAAACCGGGCGUGAGAAGUGGCAUUCCAGUGCGCGUCAGGUCAGCCAGCUCUCCGGACUUGACGGUGGAGAAAUCGAAAAAGAGAACCAAACAGGACAUAGUGGCCGACGUGACCAAAAGACUAUACCCGAUCAAAAAAAUCAGAGAGCGCGCAUUGGCCGCCGCUGCAGCCGCGUCUUCGGAAGACGGAGAAACGUGCUCCAAAGCUGCCAACCGGUUGAGGGAGUUGAGCAAAAGACUGCUGGACGCCCACAGAAGGGCCAAGGGCAAGGUCGAGGUAGAGACGCAGACGGAAAAAGAGCAAAACACCAAAGAAGCUGCCGUCGAAACAGACAACAGAUUCCCCACCGCCCUUUUGGCGUCCGACAUCCUGCUGCCGGUGUGUCUUCUGCACAGUUGCGGCAGCCCGGAAGUGUUGACCGCCGUUCAACCGGAUCUGCUGGACCAGUGCAGAAGCUGCGAAAAACUGAGUGAAGAAUUCUUUUCUGACGACAGUUUGGAAAACUGCGUGCACAAAAGCAUGGAGACGGACUCUUUGGAUGAUGUGUUGGACAAUUCGCCAAAGCAGAAGAUUAUGUACCAGACUAACUUAGGUUCGCAACAUGGGUGGGAAGUGAAACUGGAGGUCAGCAGUGACGACGGCGUGGUCAAGGUGGUGCACAGUUCGGACGAUUCGCGGCCUCAGUCGAGCGAUGACAAUAACUCUUGUCCUUCUCCACUCAGCUCUGAGGGUGGCAGUUUAGGCAGCGACUCGUCGGGUGACGAUAUUUUGUAUUUCAUGCAGAGUCCUCAGGCAGAAGACGGCUCCCCAGAAGUGCAAUCAAACCAGUUUGAAAGGUCGCUGUACACAAUUUUGGAAAGUAGCGAGCACAGUAGCGAUCAGAGCACCUCCACCUCACCAACGGGCAUCACAUUCGAGGCGCGAAAAUCUUCCUCAAGUCCAGCAAUGGACCGGAAUAAAAAUUUUACGAUAGAAAUUACAAACAACAACGGCGCCUGCAAUAGCAAUUUCCUGCCAGCCAAUUCGCCUACGUGCUCAAUCACAUUCAACGACGCCAACUGCAAUCAAGUGCAUAGAAAAACGCCCGAGAGAGAAAUUUUAUUUGAGGGUGAAUUAAAAAUCCGCCCAAAGUUUGCUUUAGGCCACAUCCUGACGCAGCAAGUGCAGCAACACAAACCGACCGUGUGCUACCCCAACGACAGCGCAAGACUGAUUUCUAAUAGUUUUUACCCAGAAUUCACCAAAGGCCUUGAGGAGAUGUCGGUAAACAACAGUCCAAAAUUUUCAUCGCCUCUGAAAUUUGAAACCGAAACUACCUACGCGAACACAUCACCAAGAAUUUCGUCGAGUAGUUCGUCAGAAGAAAUUUUGAACAACAAUUCUCCGACACCUUCACCAAAAUUCAAAGUGAACGGCCCAAUUAAUUUUGAUGCAACGACCGAACCGCAAGAAAUUAGGUCAGAAGAAGAUUUGGCCACAACUCGCAGCUACAAAUUCCCCAGCAAUCAAUAUUUGAACGAGGAGGAAAUAUACGAGAUCAAGAAAAUACCGGACGCGCGUGACCCGAGUGCCGACAGCUUGAAAUCGAAUCAAAAUAUGGCUCAGCUCCCAGGAGUAGAGACAAAAAAAGAAGCAUCCCACCAGCCAGUGGCAAAUGAAGCUGCGUCUGUUCCUUGGGCAGAUCCCAACCAGCGUAAAUUCCUUAAUAUCAGUGUGACGACCCCAGCUAGAGGUCCUUGCGUCGUUCGCCGAGACGCAAGUUUCAAUUCAGACGAUAGCAUAACCUUUGUCUUUGUUGGUCCCAACCAGAAAAACUCGCCACCCGUACUGAUGGAACUCAUCCAACGCUCUUCCAAAGGUCUGCGGCGCUCUCUGUCCCUCGAUUCGGCAACCAGGGCUUUGGGGAAAAUUUCCAAGAGUGCCAAAAGUGAAGCUAACCGCGCUAGCAGCACUAAUGAUCUCCUUCCCGAAGAAACGCGGUCCUUCCUCGAACCAAAGAAAACCUUUGAAGGGCCAAACCAUAAUUUCAAACGGUUGAGACGCGAGGCGCUGACCCCUUCGGACAGUGAGGUGCGUUCAACAGAUGACGACUUUGACGACUCUCCGCCGCCAGAGUUUCCCAAGUCAACUGGUUUUGACACAAACCAGUGUUGGGCCGAAAUGAAAGGAAUAAUUUUAGGUCGGCAGGUACGACAACCCUCAAACUCGCCUAGUCCUCCGCCACCUCCACGACGCAGGGGGUCGGGAAAGAAGGCCGUUUCGUGGUCAGACAUCAGUGGCUGCGGGCUCAUCAGCUCCCCAAGCACCCACAGCCUUCCGUCUCCAGUUUCCAACUCGCCAAAACCUAUCAUCAAGAAGACAACCCUGCCGCCAGUGCCCCAAUCCAGGUCGCCAAGUCCUGGAUUCAGGGACCGCCAACACCGCUGGGAGUUAAAUCGACCUCUCCGGGAGCGCAGUUCGUCCAUUCCUGGGGCCUGGUGCUCCCACGAGGACAGCAGCCCUAGCCCUGAACGCCACCGCAGAGAUGCCCUGAGCCGCAGUCCUCCACGUUGCGGUUCGCCAAGGUGUCGCAGCGUCGGAGACAUGUCCCAGGUUGGAAUAGAACAAGAGCCCAUGAGGCAAUUUUUGGUUCAGGCUACUGACCUUCUGCACAGCUUGAGUGAUCUAUCUCGGCAGAUCGAGCAGAAAAUUCCUCCGCCAGUGCCUCCGAUGGCCUUCCCAAGACCGCCAGAAGAUCCUCCCUACUUGUACGGAGCACCUCGGCACCACUACAGUCCUUAUCCAUAUCCGCCGCCUCCGGCCAGGUUUUCUUGGUAUGAACCCUCGCCUCUCGAGAGGCAACUUGAAGCCUCCUGUGCCAGACUGGAGGCCAGUCUUCGAAAUCCACCUCGUUGGCAGGAGUUGUGCGAAGAGGAACCGCAACGACCACCUCGAAGGGCAAGGGCCCGAUGGCAACAUCCCCAACCGCAUCAGCAGCUUCCUCCACUUCCUCACCACCAGAGGCCCCAGUAUUCACCAAGGGCAUACAUGAGGUACCUGCUGGGAGUGAGAAAGAGGAUUAUCCAAUCGGCUCGUCAAGAAAAUCGCAGGAAACCGGAUGAGGACUAUUAAGUGAUGAUUGCGACCAGACCUGAUUGAUUUUUUGACUAUUCGUAAGCAGUUAGGCGUUAUUUUUGUAAUUAGAUAAUUUUGUAAAGUGAUUAUGUAAAUAUACAAAAAUUUACAAUAUAAGUCAAUCGCUUUUAAU